CAACCGCACAUUGCGGUCCGUCCAUUUCCAUAUCUCAUCUCGCGCUCAUUUGAUAGAGCGCUUGAGAACUAUACUAAGUCGCAGCUAUUGGGAUUUUACCUUUUCACUGGUCAUAUAGUACUCUGAUAGUUUUCAACAUAUUUUUGAAAAACCCAAACUGACCUAAUAAGUAUCUUCGGGAUGGAUGUAGUAUAUCCAUUUCUACUCCAGAAUGCUAAGGAUGUAUUAAUGAUCUGUGCAAAAUCUUUAGAGCAUGCAUUGGCUGGAGAUACCUACAUCCCGGCAACAUGGCAAAUGGUGAAAGCAAUCUACCUUAUUUAAAGUAGGUAGAGUCACAGAAUAAACGCCAAAGUCAUAUCGCCCUAUAAGCCUAUCAUCCCUGAUAGGUAUCAGGGAUGAGAUAUUAGAAAAUAAAUCCGUCUGGGCAUAAUUUGUGAUAUUAUAUGUGUCUUGAGAAUAUUGAGAGCUUUAAAUUUGUGUAACGAUAAGGCAGUACUCUACAGAGACGUUUAAGAAAAAAGGUGGGAAAUCAUCUCAUUUAAAAACUACUAGAUAUUUAUUAAAACAAAAAGCAGUAAAUUUUCAUCGAUUUAAUACAGAAUGGCACGGAAAUGUUUUUUUUUUAAUUUCGUUUAAACAUUUUCAAAAUAAAUUCUUUUCACAAAAAUCGGACUAAAAAUAAAGACUCGAAUGAAUUAUAAAUUUUGAAGCGUUCGGUUUGCGAAAAGAAGGAAGCUAUAGAUAUAAAGUUGUAGAGGUACUAUUGCAGUUCUCCCACUAAUUUUUAAUUUGAACAAGCAAGUUUUUAUGAAAAUUGUAUUGUAGUAUUUCAAUAAGUUUAAAUGUCCAAAACCAAAAGAAACGGCUAGUAAAUUUGCUUGACCCUAUAUUAGUUACACAUUACACUGCACUGGUCUUGUUUUCGUAAACGUCAAAGUGAAAACGUCAAAACAUAAGUUGAGGUUAGUUUUCUUACAACUGUCAUGUAAAAUGCUGUAAAAUGGAUUCAAAAUACGUUGUUCCAAUAAUAUCUCAAAACUUAUACAAACACGAAACUAUUGUACAAAUUGCUGAAGUCCUAGAACAUCUAACACAAGUCAGCGAAGGUAUAUUUGCUCAAAUAAAUAGGAGGAUAGAAAUUAACAAGGUGAAACUAUCAGGUAUAUCGGAAAGGGUGGAUUCAGUGAAUAGGAAAAUAAAUAAACUCAGAGGUGCCAAAAAAGCAACACAAGUAUUCUCCAGUAGCAAAUACCCAGCUAGUGAUAUAUACAAAGAAUAUACGUCAAUAUUUCACGAUAGUUCUCCUAUAGAAAUAAAACGGCACCCUGUUAAACUCAAAAAUGCCCCACCAACACAAGGACCUUUAGAAAAAUUGCAUUUUUAUCAUGUAAAUAUUCAUAAAAAUAGUGACAGUAAACUAAAUGGUUUAGGUGAUAAAACUCCACAAAGUAUAGAGUUUGUCAAUGAUUUACUCUUGUACAAUUCAGGGAAGAACUUGUACAAAGAUUUUGUGAUGUCCCAUGCCUUAAAUACACCACAGCAAAUAAGAAUUGAUGAGGAACAUGAGUCUGAAAUAGGUGCUGCCCCACAAUCAAUAAGUGAGAGAUCUACACAAUCAAAAGCUCAUAAACAAAGCUAUUUCUACAGCCCCCAAAUAGGGGAAGUGCCUGCCUUAGAUGUGCCAUUAGAUCUACCUGACCUUCCAGGAAUUGCAAAUGAUCUACACUACAAUAAUGAUAUAAGUUCAAGUAUAGCCCCAUCAGCUGAUAUAACUCCGUCCAUAUUAGAGCUAGAUUUACAAACUAGCCAAAAUCUACCAAAUAUUCCUUUAGAUGAGGAUAAUGAAGAUGUACAGAAUAUUUCUAUUGCUGAGUUACCUCCUGUAACAGAGAUUCAUCAUAUUGAUCUACCUAGUCCUCCAAAAGAGAUUAAAAAUACUGAAAAUGAGAGACCUGCUGAAAUUAAAGUUAAAGAGGAACCCAGAAAGACAGUGGAAAAGGUUCCUGAAAAUGUACCUCUUGUGGCUCCUGUGGAUGAUCUUAGAUCUAGUUUGAUGGAAGCUAUAAGAAAUGCUGGAGGUAGUGGGAAAGCUAAAUUAAGAUCAGCAAAUGAAAAUAAAGAAAAUGCCAAAGUGUCUCAGGGUGGUGAUUUAAUGGCGGAUUUACACAACAAACUUUUUAUGAGAAGGAAAGGAAUUUCUGGAGCCAAACAGUCUCAAGAUAACCAUAGCGAUGCAGAUUCAGCUAUGUCAAGAAUAUCCUCCAUGAUACCCCCACCAGAACCGAAAAAUGAUCAAGAAUCUACUUCUGAUGAAGAAGAGUGGGAUGAAUAAAAACAAAAAAUGCUAGAUGAGAAUUUUAUAACAUAAUAAUUUUUUAUUUUAAAUUGUACAGUUUAUUUAUGAGAUAUUUUUAGAAAUAUUUUUAUAUAUACAGUUUGCUUUAUUUUGAAAAUUUGUUCAAUUGCUACAUUCAAUCAUGCAGCUUUUUACAAUCUACAUAUUUGCCCCGUGAUAUUAUAAUAUAUAAGAUAGACUUAAGAAUUUAAACAAGAACAUUCCUAUAAAUAACUUCUAGUUGCUUUUGAAAAAUAUACCAAUAAAAACUAUGAAUUAAUUAACAUUGUUUGUGGUAUUGAUAAAUUUUGCAUGCAUUUUGUUAUAUUGCUAAAGGAAAAAUGAAAUGAUUUUGCAUACAAAUGGGAAUCAAACAUUAUUUGCUUAGAAUUUAAAUUAGUUUUGUCUACAUUGUGACUUUUAGCUCAAAUAACACAUGUUUUUAUGAAAUGACUUUCACAAAGAUAAAACAAGUGCUGUGUGGGUACCAAGGAUGUUAAAAAAAUUAAAUUUAAUUAAAAAAAUAUGUAAUAAGUGUAAAGACGCCUUUUUUGACGAAUGUGAAUAU